GGGGGCGGGAAGGUUGGUUUGAGAGACGCAGGCUCGCGACGCUAACGGCUCUCCCCUCCUCACUGCAGCCCUCUCACCUCAGCGUCUUUAGCUAACACUUCACUGGAAGUAAAAUCAGAAAUUUAUCUGGGAAAGAAGCGAUUUGUGUGGAAGUGGAAGAGAGAGAGAGAGAGAGAAAGAGUGGGAGAGGGAAAACGACUCGCCGUCAGGCGCGUCAAAGCUGGAGAAAAGUCCGAAGUAGGUCGAAAAUCAGAAGAAGAAGACGUUCAUCUGUGCUGAGGCUUUUCUGGAUUCAGCGUGACAUGGCUAGUGCUCCUAACAAGCUUGUUCUUGUGUCGGUCAUAUGGCUGUUCCUAAUGCUCCUCGAACCCAGCCUUCAGAAUGGGGCUGUAGCAGGGCACAGAGAGCCUCUUCCUGAUGACAGCAGAGACAUCACCAUUUUUACUCGGAUUCUGGACCGUUUGCUAGAUGGCUAUGACAACAGGCUGCGCCCUGGUCUCGGAGAGAGUGUGACUGAAGUUCGAACCAACAUCUACGUCACCAGUUUUGGACCGGUAUCAGAUACAGACAUGGAGUACACAAUUGACGUAUUCUUCAGGCAGAGCUGGAGAGAUGAGAGGCUGAAGUUUGACGGACCCAUGCAGGUUCUUCCACUCAACAACCUUCUGGCCAGCAAGAUCUGGACUCCAGAUACCUUCUUCCACAACGGGAAAAAGUCGGUGGCUCACAACAUGACUACCCCUAAUAAACUCCUGCGUCUGGUGGACAACGGCACCCUGCUGUACACUAUGAGAUUAACUAUUCACGCUGAGUGCCCCAUGCAUCUGGAAGAUUUUCCCAUGGAUGCCCACGCCUGCCCGCUCAAGUUUGGAAGCUAUGCUUACACCAACAACGAGGUGGUCUACAUCUGGACUGCAGAGGAUGAGAAGUCCGUGUCCGUGGCUCCAGAUGGCUCCCGUCUCAACCAGUAUGACCUGCUGGGACACGUCAUUGGCAAAGAGACCAUCAGCUCCAGCACAGGAGAAUAUGUGGUGAUGACAAUUUAUUUUCAUCUGAAAAGGAAAAUCGGCUAUUUUGUCAUUCAGACGUACUUACCCUGCAUCAUGACAGUCAUCCUUUCCCAGGUCUCCUUCUGGCUCAACCGGGAGUCUGUCCCGGCACGUACCGUCUUCGGAGUCACCACUGUUCUGACCAUGACCACACUAAGCAUCAGUGCCAGAAACUCUCUACCCAAAGUGGCCUAUGCUACAGCUAUGGACUGGUUCAUGGCCGUGUGUUACGCCUUCGUCUUCUCCGCCCUCAUUGAGUUUGCCACUGUCAACUAUUUCACCAAGCGCAGCUGGGCCUGGGAUGGUCAAAAGGAGAUCCAGGAGAUGAGGAGACGCGAAUCUGCAUCAUUCUCCAAAAAGACCAACAACACGUUUAACAUUGUGGGCACCACUUAUCCGAUGAGUGUGGGAAAGGAACCUGGACUGACCACCAUCGCUAAGAGCGCUUCCAGCACGGCCUCGGCCCCGGCCCCGGCUCAGCCGGUCCGAGAGGUGCGGCUCUCCAGGAUGGAUGGCGAGUACAUCUGCGAAGGCGUCAAGAAGUCCUACAAUCGAGUCAGCAAAGUGGACAAGAUCUCACGCAUCAUCUUUCCUGUGCUCUUCUUCAUCUUCAACCUGGCCUACUGGGCCACUUACGUCAACAGAAAGCCAACCAUCAGGAGGUCCAACCCCCAUAACUGAACCUGAAGUAUAUCCAAAACAACAGUGAAAAAAAACUUCCAGUCAAGUCUGGAGUAGCCAUACGAUGCUACCACCACAUUCACCGUAUUUUUUUUUCUUAUUUGUUUUGUUUUGCAUCGGUUUCACACCAGGGUUACAUGCUAUCUUCUGAUUGCUACGAAGUGGUUUAAGAAUAUGUUUGCUCGAUGCUUGUUGUUUAUGGGAGACCCAUGUGGUAAGGUCUGAUUAAGCCCUAUAGUACAUUUUUCGAUGCCAAAAUAUAAACAGCAGCCUGUUUGACACCACGGGUUCAGGACGAUCUACAAGGCUGUACGCUCACCACAACACUGCAUCAUCAGAUAGAAAACUCUGAGUCAUCGUCGCUAGUCAGUUGACUGGCCGAUCGCCUGUAGCCUUCAGCAGCCAGCAGCGAUGUCCGUAUGUCUGUGUAUCUUUCAUAAUGAUCAGCGUUUGCUCUCGGAGACUCGGCCAAUUUAGACCAGUAUCAUCUAGAAUCGCUUUUCCAUCAUCCCCUUGAGUUUCCUUUAUCUGUAUUGUAUUGUUUUAACAGCCCAUGCAGGCUCAAAGGUAAAGAAACUGUGUGCCUUUUCUCAAUCCCUCUCCUGUGCAGAUGAAUCAUUCAUCACUCAGGCUCAUUGUCUCAAGCUUACACUUUUACUCGAACAAAGAAAUUUAAACGAACUCCCAUUGAGUCGUCCGAUGCUCCACCGAGCGCAUCUGACAUUUUAUUGCAUUUAUUUGUUCCUGUGUGAAAACCAUGUUCAUCUGCAUGAACUGUACCUUGUAUUGCUUACAGGCUUUCUCUAGUCAAUAGCCGAAUGUUUUCUUUCUUUUCUUUUCUUUUUUUCCUUUUAUUAUUUCUGCAGUGACAAAUCACAAGACUGCUGUACAGCUUUAACAACCAAGUAUUGUGACUAAAGUUACAUUUACUGUGCCAUGCCAUUAUCAAGAGCUAAACUGUGAAUAGUAUCAUCAGUAGGCUUUAUGUGAUUAUGUUUAGCGUACUGUUUGUAGUUUACAAUACAUUAAUGCAAAUAUUUAAAAUAUAUAUAUGAUUUUUUCAUUCUCUACUUUGAAAGAGCCAAGUUUACAAAGAAUUUUUUUUCUAAAGUUGCGUAAUGUAUGUACUUAUGUGACAGCAAGCUAUAAGAAGCAAAAAAACCCAUUAACCUGAUCAUUUCAUGAAUCAUUGCUAUUGAUUAAUAGUUCUGAGUACAUAGUGUAAUUUACCAUCCAUCAUUAAAAAAGAGAAACUAAUUAGAGGACGGAAAAUACUUUUAUUUCCUUUUUUUCUCACAGAUUUGUUUGUUCAUUCACCUCAUGCUGUAUUAAUAGUAGAUUUAAUGCAUGACAAUCUCCUCAGUAUUCUGUCACCUCCUGUUACACCGGGUGUCAUGAUUUAGCAUGACCUCCGAAGUGUAGCUUCUCCAAAUAGCGGUAUUUGGAGUUUGUAGAUACAUUAUUAUCUCAUGGGGAUACUUCAUACGUUUGUAUUUUGACGCAAAUAGUCUAAAUCGAAAAUAAAACCAUAUCUAAAAAUAAGAAUAUAUUUAUAUAGCGAUAUAAACAUCUAUUUAUGUUAUUUAUUAUAUACCGUAUAUAUAGACAUGAUAUAUAGAUACAGACAUUAUAAAUAUAUAUACAGUAUAUAUAUAUAUAUAUAGCUCAGGGAAGCCCAACAGACGGGAAUUGUGCUGUUGUAAUAAACCUGCUGAUACACUGAGGUUUAUUCGAGUAGUCAGUAAUAAACUGGGCUGGACUCUGAGCAUUGAUCUGUUGGUCUGACACAGCAGCUGGGCUUCCCUCUUUAAUUCUAUUGGAGCAAAUGUAAAAUAAAAUUUCAAAAAAAAAUAUAUCAGUGAUCCGUACAGCGACGUAGUGCCGUGAAUUAGACCAGACCUGUAUUCCAAUCUAUAUUCGAGGCCCGGUAAAAGUUGUGAUAGUUAUAUGUAUUGUGAAAUCCAAUUUAAAUAGGAUACUUGGAAACUGUCGUCUGUGUAACAGUUCUCUAUAACUUUACUGUCUAACUUAUGCACACUGAGGAAGUACUCUAGAUAUGUAUUUUUAUGGCAAUUAUGUUUAUUGUUAAAGACUUGACAGCAAAGGAGUGGAUCACAUUUGUGUCCAAGCCAUAGUUGACCGAUUAGACGUCCAGUAUUAUAAUAUAUUGAUUAGUUUGUCACUGCCAGUCUACAACACCGGAUUAAUGCUGCGUAUCUUCGCUCAGCUGGCAUGAACUUUCUUUUCUUUUGCUUCCUUGUAAUGGUUUGUAAUAGAGCCUGUUCAUAGUUCUGGUUGUAGCUUCCUAACAACUGUCCCCGACAUUAGCUAGCAGGAUUCUUGCUCUGGUAGUCGUGCUGCAUUUGUGUGGACGUUUUUCAAUUUUUACUCUGGAAAAAAAGAACAGUAAGCUUUCUUGUACAUACUGUAUAAAAGAGCAAAAAAUACUUACACUUUCAAACACUGGUUAGAUUUCAUCCCUGUGGUCCCUUAGCUAGUUCUUUCUGAUGUAAUCAGUGGCCUAAGGGGAGGUCAGCGUUGUCUUUUAUGUAUACGCUUACCAGCUACUUGGUUAGGAACACCUCUGUCCGUUUUUCCAUUCACGCAGUUAUCCAGCCAGCCAGCCAAUCACGUGGCAGUGACACAAUGCAUCAGUUCAUGUAGAUACAGUUUUCUGUUAAUGUUUACAACAGAAUGGGGGAGAAAUGUGACCUUAAUGUUUUUUUGUCAUGGUUGCUGGUGUCAGAUGGUCUGAUUUGAGUAUUUUAAUAAUUCUGAGACGUUUUUCCGUUUUCAUCUCUCCAGUUUUGGUGUCCACUUCAGCGUCAGAUUCCUGUACUUGUCUGACUGGACCAAAUCCCCAUGUGCUUUUUGUGCUCUUGUAAGAUUUUCUCAUUCUGGUGUUGGAUGUGAACAUUAACUGAACCUUGGUAUCUGCAUGAUAUGAUGUGAUUGGCAGAUCAAAUAAUCGCAUGAAUAGCGGUGAGUGCAGACUUAUAACUGUAUACCUUCACCUAUUAGAUGGAAAAUAUCUGAGAGGUGAAUCAUUCGGUUAUCAGUCUCGUGGAUGUUGGUGGUUGUUCAUGUCACAUGUGACGUGCUUAUUUUAUUAUUAGCAUUGUUAUUAUCGUGCUUCCUUUCGUGGCAUUACACUGUGAUCGGGUUUUAACGGAUGAUUAGGUGAGAAUUGUCUUCUGCACAAAUCAUGAGCGAGUUCUUGUCUCGACAUCUUCUUGAGUAAAGACGAUGUCAGACUACGCAAAGCCUCAGCGGACGCUGCCCAUCCCUUACUGUAUUAAUCAGACUUGUGGUUAAAACAGUCCUUAUCCAGAAAGUUAAAAAGUAAAUAAAACGCUGUGCUGUGAACAAGGAUGACUUGAUAAAACUGCCUUCAUCAAAAUAAAUUGUAAUGUUUACGACCCGCUUCCUCUGCCAUACGUCACGAUUAUUGCCAAAUUAUUAGCCGUGCCAAAUGACCUUUUGUGUGGAGCACAGUGAAAGAACUGAUUUGCCCAUAGAUAUGGACUUAGUUCUGUGUGUGUGUGUGUGUGUGUGUGUCUCAAUCAAACAGUCAGGUUUUCUGCAUUGAAAUGUCUUGAGAGCUUAAAACGUGCCAGUGACGGAAUUCCCAUUCGCCGGUUCGCUAUGACAGAACUGCAGUAAUUGCGAGCAGUAAAUUGCGAGCUUCUGUUCCUGUUUUGCAUUUUUCCAGCUCAAAACAAUUCUUGUGUCAAAACAGUUUUAAGCAAAGGCGCACUCGUUUUAAAUGAACUCGCACGCCAUCCUUGCCUUUAUUUUCCUACAGAGCGGACUCGGGCCACCUUUAAUGAAAUGAGAAUAUCUCAGAUCUUCAUCCAGCGCUAAGAUACUCCAGAGAAGCUGAGCCAGACGUCCUCCUUUUUUUUUCCCUCGGAUAAACACUCCCCAUGUAAGGAGUGAUCUCCCCAGUGUCCUCAUGAAUAUUUGAAAACAUUUGAGCUUUUUGGUUCCAAAUUACUGUGGAGAUGUAAUGCUUUUUGCUAAUGGGAGAUGCUUUUGUUAUUAAUUAUAAAUCGAUAAUGGUUUGUGUGGCCCCUGCCGUGUUUUCUGGUUUUUCCCACUGUUCCGAGUGCCCACGGUGCCUCGCUGACCCUCCACCGUCUCCUCCGUUCACACAGCCGAGUGCAGUCGAUAUCCUCUUCAGCUCUGGCGCACUUCUCUAAAGUCACGACAGAACGUUGUGUUCGACUCUUGCGUGACUGAUUUACCGAUCGCAUUCAUUAACGAAUUUUUCCUGUUCUUGCUUACGUCACAGCAGCUAUAAACAAUUCUUCCCUGUCUUGUCAAGUUAAUAAGCCCCCACAAAAAAUACACCGCUACCAAGAAACUGUAAAUCGGUCAUUAGGUCACUCUUACCGAGCGCUGACACUGGAGACUCCUUCCAUAUUAAAAAAUAACAGAAAGCUCCAGUACGUUUUUCUUCGUUGAACUGCUCCAUUGUCCCCUGCAAACGACCCGUUGCCAUAGAAACGCUAUAAUGCUUCAAUAGAAAUAUUAACGAAGCGUAUACGUUGCAGCCGGAUCUACUGUUCAGAGCCGCACCGUAGUGCUUACUCCGUCCGCUUAUUGCUGAGAAAAAGUCCACAAGAGUGAGAUUGCUAAGACUUUGAGACGUAGACGUUUCUGUGACAGAGAGAAGUUUUAGUGCUCAGUUCCAUUAUUUGGAAACAAAGACAAAUACAGGUUCUAAUCCGAUAGACCGUAUUUCAGAUAGGUGUUUAAUCUCAGACAUAAUCUGAUCUCCGUCACGUUCAGCCGUCGACUGUGUCACACUGAUGUGCUCUGACGUGAAGCUAGCUGUUGUGUAACGUUCAGGACUCCAGUUUUAGUUCCGAUCAGAAAUCUGUCUCUGAGUUCAGUGCCAUAACGCAGUAAGACAGUAAACUCUGAUUAGAUCUGCUGUUGAAAGUUGUUUUAUUGUCAGAAAAGGCACGGGGUUUAGGGAUCCGUGUUUUUUUCUUUUCUUUUGUAGAGAUUUGAACAUUUUGGUGUUUUACUAUGUUUUCAAGGUGCGUUUUGUUGUGACCUGUUUGUGAGAGUAAUGACAGUUUUCUGUUUUAACUCUGUGUGUCUGGGUUCGCUGUUACCUUGAAUAAAGAUACUCAACUUUCACAUA